GAAACUUGAUUCGAGCCUUGGAACCUUGAGGUGCAGAUCUGUGAUUAACUCUUGGUUUUAAUAUACGCGUCGCAGAGGAUCCCCGCCGCCAACGAAGACCUGACUUCCGCCAAACGGUUUUUCCACCAACUUUUCAAAUCAAUCUGACCUUUCCUUUUAAUUUCUCUCCAAAGGAAUUCGUCAUUCAAUUAAUCAUUUCUCAUUUCGGAAUUUUUUUCGCAAAAAAAUAAUGAUUUCCAAUUGGUGUUAGGGCUUUUUAGAAAUUUAUUUUUUGGGGCCUUUUUUCUUAAUUCAGCAUUUGGCCCGAUGGACGCUGCUGGAACUCAUAGAAAAUCUUUUGGCCAAACCGAGAUUAAUUGGGAUAAGCUUGAGAAGACCAAAUUCUAUGUUGUUGGGGCUGGGAUUUUUACUGGACUUACUGUUGCACUUUAUCCAAUUUCGGUUGUGAAGACGAGGAUGCAGGUUGCUUCACAUGAUGCUGUAGAAAGAAAUGCAUAUUCCGUCAUCAAAGGUCUACUAAAAACAGAUAGGAUUCCUGGUUUAUAUAGAGGUUUUGGCACAGUCAUUACGGGAGCAAUACCUGCUAGAAUUAUAUUUCUCACUGCAUUAGAGACUACGAAAGCGGCUUCUUUCAAGAUGGUGGAACCAUUCAAAUUAUCAGAGCCUACACAGGCAGCUAUAGCAAAUGGUAUUGCUGGCAUGUUGGGAUCUCUUUGUUCACAAGCCGUGUUUGUUCCAAUUGAUGUGGUUAGUCAAAGGUUGAUGGUGCAAGGAUAUUCUGGCCAUGCUACUUAUAAUGGUGGCCUGGAUGUUUCUCGUAAGAUCCUAAAAUCUGAUGGAAUUCGAGGAUUUUAUAGAGGAUUUGGUCUCUCUGUUAUGACUUAUUCCCCAUCUAGUGCCGUAUGGUGGGCCAGUUAUGGCUCAAGUCAACGCGUAAUUUGGAGGCUCUUAGGUUAUGGCACAGAGCAUGAUGGACCUGCUCCAACUCAAGGGACCAUUAUGUUGGUUCAAGCUGGGGGAGGGAUUUUCGCGGGUGCUACUGCAUCUUGCAUCACAACACCAUUGGAUACUAUCAAGACCCGCUUACAGGUGAUAGGGCAUGAAAAGAAACCCACUGCUAGACGAGUAGUUAAAAAUUUGAUGGCUGAGGAUGGAUGGGCUGGUUUAUAUAGAGGUCUGGGCCCAAGAUUUUUCAGCAUGUCUGCAUGGGGAACUACAAUGAUACUGGCCUAUGAGUAUCUAAAGCGCUUGUGCGCGAAAGAUGAAUAGCUCAUCGGUUAAGACCCCCUACAGGUGCAAUUUUUAGGUGGCGGCAGAGAUUUUGCUUCAACCUCUCCAACUCUAGAUACGUUAUCCGAGAUAUUGUUGAAAUGCUUACUUUACAAUGUACCAGAUGGUAGCCUUCUGUGACUAUAGUGGAAAGCCAAAAACCUUGUCCCUAGAUUUAAUAUACUUGCCAAUUUAUACAAAUGUUAAUGCUGUAAUUCUUUUUGAUUCCAACACAUUAUUCUUAGUUCCUGUAGUUGAAACAUUCUUAAAAUGUAAAGAAUAUGUUGUUAAUCUGAGAUUUUGGCU